CUUAAUGCUGCAGAGAGGCAAAAUCUCCAGAAAUAUUCCAGUGAUUCGGAAGUAGAAAACGAAGCAAAAAAUAAAUUCAUGCCUAGAAAGCCAGCCUGGGUGGAUGAAGAUGAUGAAGCUGAGGAAAAUGUUGAUAUGACCCAUAGGUAUAGAAAAGAUUUCAUGAAAAGUGAUGCUGAGAAGAUACUUACUAAGAAAAAGCUAAAAAGAAGACUUGAAGAACAGUUUCAGCGAGCCAUGGGGGGAGUUCCUGCCUGGGCUGAUUUAGAAAUGAGGAAGAAAUCCAAAAGGACUGCAAGUGAUAGUGACAGUGAUGAAGAUGACGAUCUGCUAUGCAGGACUGGCAAUUUCAUAUCAAACUCAGAGUCCCUGCCAAGAGGUAUUUUGAAGAUGGCAACCUGCGUGCCUGCUAAUCAGGAACGUUUUGCUAAUGGGAAACUGGUAACUGUGCAGUUUCAUCCCUCUGCUCAAGUAGUCAUGACUGCUGGACAUGAUCGAUCUGUGUCACUCUUUCAGGUUGAUGGUAUAAGGAAUCCAAGAAUACAGAGCAUCUAUUUAGAGAGUUUUCCAAUUUACAAGGCUUGUUUCAGUGUUGACGGAGAACAAGUUAUAGCCACUGGUACUCACCAUAAAAUGUUCUUUGUGUAUGACAUGAUGAGUGGAAGUAUUAUUCCUAUACAGAAAGUAAGAGGUGUGGAGGAAAGAUUUCUCAGAAACUUCGAAGUAUCUCCAGAUGGAUCAUUUAUGCUUCUAACUGGAACUUCAGGUUACCUUUACUUGUUGUCAAUGAAGACAAAGGAACUGGUUAGCACUGUGAAAGUAAAUGGAAGAUGCACUGCAUCUGCUUUCACUCCAGACAGCAGUAAAAUAUAUAGCUAUUCAAAGGAAGGUGAAGUUUUCAUUUGGGAUGUGAGAAGCAGAAAGUGUCUACACAAAUUUGAAGACGAAGGUUGUUUGGAAGGAAGGUGCAUCGCUGUUUCAAAAAAUAACCAGUAUGUGGCGUGUGGUUCAGAUUCUGGAGUUGUAAAUUUAUAUACUACUGAUGUCUGUCUCAAAGAAAGCCAUCCUAAACCAGCUAAAGCCAUAAUGAACCUAGUUACAUCUGCUACAUGUGUGACCUUCAAUCCCACCACAGAAAUUUUGGCAGUGGCUUCCCGAGAAACUGAUGAGGCUGUCAAAUUGGUGCACAUUCCUUCAUAUACCGUAUUCUCAAACUUCCCAGUGUUCAGAAGAAAACAGAUUUAUCUUGCUCAAUCUAUGGACUUUUCUCCCAGAAGUGGUUUUUUCUCUGUAGCAAAUAACAAAGGCAAAGCUUUGUUAUUUAGGUUGAAACAUUAUUCAGAUUUUUAAAAGAAGAUACAGGAGAAAACAGACCCGUAACUGAGGU